UAAAAACUGGGAAUUACAUCAACUGGACGUUCAUAACGCUUUUCUUCACGGGGACUUGGAUGAGGAGGUCUACAUGAAACCUCCUCCCGGAUUUCUUUCUUCUCGGCCUGGGCAGGUGUGCCGACUGAAGAAGUCAUUAUAUGGCUUACGUCAGGCACCUCGAUGUUGGUUUGCAAAAUUGACUGCUUCUUUGAAGCAAUAUGGAUUUCGGCAAUCUUAUUCUGAUUAUUCUCUCUUCACUAUGCAUCAGGGGUCGGCUCAAUUAUAUGUCCUCAUUUAUGUUGAUGACUUAAUUAUCGCAGGCAAUGAUUGUGGUGCAAUCUCUCGCUUUAAAUCUUAUCUGCAUAAAUGUUUUCAUAUGAAAGAUCUUGGUAUUCUUAAGUAUUUUCUUGGGAUUGAAGUGGCUCGAAGCACUGAUGGUCUUUUCCUUUGUCAGCGCAAAUAUACACUGGACAUUAUUUCUGAAGCCGGUCUUCUUGGGGCAAAACCUGUGGCCUUCCCUAUUGAACAAAAUCAUGGCUUGGCUCUAUCUCAGAGCGCUCUUUUGGCUGAUCCGGAAUCAUAUCGCCGGCUUGUUGGUCGUCUUAUUUACUUAUCCUUUACCCGACCAGACCUGGC